UUAAUAAUUAUUACAACAGAAUUUGAAGAAAAUAAAUUUCUGGUAAAGAAGACUUAUCAUAACUAACACCUGAAAUUUAGCAUUUUGGGAAGGAUUCUCCAUUCCAUUGUAAGAGUGUUCUUUAUUUUAGAAGAAAACAUGUCCCCUGAGACCUACUCACAUUCUGCCUUCAGAACUCAGCUGUUCCAUUCUGCUGCUGCUUCUCUUGUUCAGAGUGUUGGCAUCAUCAAUACAUGAUUUUGAUUGGAUCCCAAGUGUAAGAGUUAAUUUUGGUAAACAUCAAACAGAUUACAAAUAAAUAAAUUAUUCUAGGCAGUUUUUGUUGUCCAGAAGAGUGACAUUUCGGGUGUGUUGAGAAGGGAGCAAAAAGAAAGGCAUUUAAAAGUUAAUUUUCGAUCAGGAUUUUCUGUUUUGUUGUUUUGGAAAUUAACAUAAAAGUUACAGAAAAUAUUGUGACAACUUUGUCCUGAUGAGUUUUUAUGUCUAGGGGACUUUGAGAGCAAGACUGUGUCCCUUGUGCUAUUCUCGUUUGGAUGUGAAUCAGAACACAGUUGAACAUUAUUUGAAUUCACAGAGCUUGCCUUGCUGGAAGCACAGCCUUAUAUGUAGUGUCCAUGGGCAGUCCUAUUAUGGGAAAGCAACUUGAGAGAAAAGGCGGGUCACUUGCUUGUGCGCAGGUCCUGGAAUUUGAAAUAUCCAGAGGCCUCUACAGAAUCCUGGCAUCAGUUACUAUGUUGACUCACUCUGUGUUGGACUUACUCACUUUCCCUCUACAGGACUCAGCUCUUGAAGGCAAUAGCCUUUAUAGAAAAAACGAAUAAGAAAACUCAAAGUACUAUUUUUUUUCAAGGCUGCUGAAGUUUAUUGGCUUCUCAUCGUACCUAAGCCUACUGGAGCAAUAAAACUGAGAGAAACUUUUACCCAGAUUUUUAUCCCUGCCUUGAUAUACACUUUUUCUUCCAAAUGCUUUGGUGGGAAGAAGUUGAAGACUGUUAUGAAAGAGAAGAUGUUCAAAAGAAAACAUUCACAAAAUGGAUAAAUGCACAAUUUUCUAAGUUUGGAAAGCAGCACAUAGACAACCUCUUCAGUGACCUGCAGGAUGGGAAACGCCUCCUAGACCUCCUGGAAGGCCUGACAGGGCAAAAACUGCCAAAAGAAAAAGGAUCUACAAGAGUUCAUGCUCUGAACAAUGUCAACAAGGCACUGCAGGUCUUACAGAAAAAUAAUGUUGAUUUAGUGAAUAUAGGAAGUUCUGACAUAGUGGAUGGAAAUCAUAAACUGAUUCUUGGCUUGAUUUGGAAUAUCAUCCUACACUGGCAGGUCAAAAAUGUGAUGAAAACUAUCAUGGCUGGGUUGCAGCAAACCAACAGUGAAAAGAUUCUUCUGAGCUGGGUCCGACAAUCAACGCGUAAUUAUCCACAGGUUAACGUCAUCAACUUCACCUCCAGCUGGUCUGAUGGCCUAGCAUUGAAUGCUCUCAUCCAUAGUCACAGGCCAGAACUAUUUGAUUGGAAAAGUGUGGUUUCCCAGCAGUCAGCCACACAAAGACUGGAACAUGCCUUCAACAUCGCCAAAUGUCAGUUAGGCAUAGAAAAGCUUCUUGAUCCUGAAGAUGUUGCUACCACUUACCCAGAUAAGAAGUCCAUCUUAAUGUACAUCACAUCACUCUUUCAAGUUUUGCCUCAACAAGUGAGCAUCGAAGCCAUCCAGGAAGUGGAAAUGUUGCCCAGGCCAUCAAAAGUGACUAGAGAAGAACAUUUUCAAUUACAUCACCAGAUGCAUUAUUCUCAACAGAUCACUGUCAGUCUAGCACAAGGCUAUGAGCAAACUUCUUCAUCUCCUAAACCUCGAUUCAAGAGCUAUGCCUACACACAGGCUGCUUAUGUUGCCACCUCUGAUUCCACACGGAGCCCCUUUUCUUCACAGCAUUUGGAAGCUUCUGAAGAUAAGGCAUUUGGCAGUUCACUGAUGGAGACUGAAGUAAACCUGGAUAGUUACCAAACUGCUUUAGAAGAAGUGCUCUCAUGGCUUCUGUGUGCAGAGGACACUCUGCAAGCCCAAGGAGAGAUUUCAAAUGAUGUUGAAAAAGUGAAAGAACAGUUCCAUGCUCAUGAGGGGUUCAUGAUGGAUUUAACAUCCCAUCAAGGACGUGUCGGUAAUGUUCUACAGUUAGGAAGUCAAAUAGUUGGAAAAGGAAAAUUAUCUGAAGAUGAAGAAACUGAAGUACAAGAACAAAUGAAUCUCCUAAAUUCAAGAUGGGAGUGCCUCAGGGUAGCUAGCAUGGAAAAGCAAAGCAAUCUACACAAAGUUCUAAUGGAUCUCCAGAAUCAGAAAUUAAAAGAGCUAGACGACUGGCUAACAAAAACAGAAGAGCGAACAAAGAAAAUGGAAGGAGAGCCCUUGGGACCCGAUCUUGAAGACCUAAAAUGCCAAGUACAACAACAUAAGGUGCUUCAAGAAGAUCUAGAGCAGGAACAAGUCAGGGUCAACUCUCUAACUCACAUGGUGGUAGUGGUUGAUGAAUCCAGUGGUGAUCAUGCAACGGCGGCUUUGGAAGAACAACUGAAGGUAUUGGGAGAUCGAUGGGCAAAUAUCUGCAGGUGGACUGAAGAGCGCUGGGUUCUUUUACAAGAUAUUCUUCUAAAAUGGCAGCGUUUUACUGAAGAACAGUGCCGUUUUAGCACAUGGCUUUCAGAAAAAGAAGAUGCAAUGAAGAAGAUUGAAACAAGCGGCUUUAAAGAUCGAAAUGAAAUGGUAUCAAGUCUUCAAAAAAUAUCUAUGUUAAAAAUAGAUCUAGAAAAGAAAAGACAAACCAUGGAAAAACUCAGUUCACUCAACGAAGAUCUCCUUUCAGCACUGAGAAAUAAGUCAGUGACUCAAAAGAUGGAAAUCUGGAUGGAAAACUUUGCACAACGUUGGGAUAAUUUAGCACAAAAACUUGAAAAGAGUUCAACACAAAUUUCACAGGCUGUCACCACCACUCAGCCGUCACUAACACAGACAACUGUAAUGGAAACGGUAACUAUGGUGACCACCAGGGAACAAAUCCUGGUAAAACAUGCCCAAGAGGAACUUCCACCACCACCCCCUCAAAAGAAGAGGCAAAUUACUGUGGAUUCUGAAAUUAGAAAAAGGUUGGAUGUCGAUAUAACUGAACUGCACAGUUGGAUUACACGUUCAGAAGCUGUAUUGCAGAGUCCUGAAUUUGCAGUCUAUCGAAAAGAAGGCAACAUCUCAGACUUGAAAGAAAAAGUCAAUGCCAUAGUACGAGAAAAAGCCGAGAAGUUCAGAAAACUGCAAGAUGCCAGCAGAUCAGCUCAGGCCCUGGUGGAACAGAUGGUGACUGAGGGUGUUAAUGCUGAAAGUAUCAUACAAGCCUCAGAACAACUGAACAGCCGGUGGGCAGAAUUCUGCCAAUUGCUGAGUGAGAGAGUUAACUGGCUAGAGUAUCAAAACAACAUCAUUACUUUUUACAAUCAGCUACAGCAUUUGGAGCAGAUGACAACUACUGCUGAAAACUGGUUGAAAACCCAACUCGCUACCCCAUCAGAGCCAAUAGCAAUUAAAAGCCAGUUGAAAAUUUGUAAGGAUGAAGUCAACAGGCUAUCAGCUCUUCAGCCUCAAAUUGAGCAGUUAAAAAUCCAGAGCAUAUCCCUGAAAGAGAAAGGACAGGGGCCAAUAUUCCUGGACGCAGACUUUGUGGCCUUUACAAAUCAUUUUAACUACAUCUUUUCUGGUGUGCAGGCCAGAGAGAAGGAGCUACAGACAAUUUUUGACACUUUACCACCAAUGCGCUAUCAGGAGACAAUGAGUACCAUCCGGACGUGGAUACAGCAGUCAGAAAACAAACUCUCAAUACCUCAUCUUAGUGUCACUGAAUAUGAAAUAAUGGAGCAGAGACUCGGAAAAUUACAGGCUUUGCAAAGUUCUUUGAAAGAGCAAGAAAGUGGCUUCAACUAUCUGAGCACCACUGUGAAGGAGAUGUCCAAGAAAGCACCUUCAGAUAUAAGCCACAAAUAUCAGUUAGAAUUUGAAGAGGUUGAGGGACGCUGGAAGAAGCUCUCUUCCCAUUUGACGGAAUAUUGCCAAAAGAUAGAGGAACAUAUGAAUAAACUUCGAAAAAUUCAGAAUCACAUAAAAACCUUGAAGAAAUGGAUGGCUGAAGUUGAUGUUUUCCUGAAAGAGGAAUGGCCUGCCCUGGGGGAUUCUGAAAUUCUAAAAAAGCAGCUGAAGCAAUGCAGACUUUUAGUCAGUGAUAUUCAGACAAUAAAGCCCAGUCUAAACAGUGUCAAUGAAGGUGGGCAGAAGAUAAAGUGUGAAGCUGAACAAGAGUUUGCAUCCAGACUUGAAACAGAACUCAGAGAACUUAACACGCAGUGGGAUCACAUGUGCCGCCAGGUCUACACCAGAAAGGAAGCCUUGAAAGCAGGUUUGGAUAAAACUGUAAGCCUCCAGAAAGAUCUAUCAGAGAUGCAUGAGUGGAUGACACAAGCUGAAGAAGAAUAUCUAGAGAGAGAUUUUGAAUAUAAAACUCCAGAUGAAUUACAGACUGCAGUUGAAGAGAUGAAGAGAGCUAAAGAAGAGGCACUACAAAAAGAAACAAAAGUGAAACUGCUAACUGAGACUGUAAAUAGUGUAAUAGCUCAAGCUCCACCUGCAGCACAAGAGGCCUUAAAAAAGGAACUUGAAACUCUAACAACCAACUACCAGUGGCUGUGUACCAGGCUGAAUGGAAAGUGCAAAACUUUGGAAGAAGUUUGGGCAUGUUGGCAUGAGUUAUUGUCAUACUUGGAGAAGGCAAACAAGUUGCUCAAUGAACUAGAAUUGAAACUUAAAACAACUGAAAACGUUCCUGCUGGAGCUGAAGAAAUCACUGAGGUGCUACAAUCUCUUGAAAAUUUGAUGCAGCAUUCAGAGGAUAACCCAAAUCAGAUUCGCAUAUUGGCACAGACCCUAACAGAUGGAGGAGUCAUGGAUGAACUGAUCAAUGAGGAACUUGAGACAUUUAAUUCUCGAUGGAGGGAACUACAUGAAGAGGCUGUGAGAAAACAAAAGUUGCUUGAACAGAGUAUCCAGUCUGCACAGGAGAUUGAAAAAUCCUUACACUUAAUUCAGGAGUCCCUUGAAUUAAUUGACAAGCAGUUGGCAGCUUAUAUUGCUGACAAGGUGGAUGCAGCUCAAAUGCCACAGGAAGCCCAGAAAAUCCAAUCGGAUUUGACAAGUCAUGAAAUCAGUUUAGAGGAAAUGAAGAAACAUAACCAGGGGAAGGAUGCUGCCCAAAGAGUUCUUUCACAAAUUGAUGUUGCACAGAAAAAAUUACAGGAUGUCUCCAUGAAAUUUCGAUUAUUCCAAAAACCAGCCAAUUUUGACCAGCGUCUAGAGGAAAGUAAGAUGAUUUUAGAUGAAGUAAAGAUGCAUUUACCUGCACUGGAAACAAAGAGUGUUGAACAGGAAGUAGUCCAGUCACAACUAAGUCACUGUGUGAAUUUGUAUAAAAGCCUGAGUGAAGUGAAGUCUGAAGUGGAAAUGGUGAUUAAAACUGGACGUCAAAUUGUACAGAAAAAGCAGACAGAAAACCCCAAGGAACUUGACGAAAGAGUAACAGCUUUGAAAUUGCAUUAUAAUGAACUGGGUGCAAAGGUAACAGAGAGAAAGCAACAGUUGGAGAAAUGCUUAAAAUUGUCCCGUAAGAUGAGAAAGGAAAUGAAUGUGUUAACAGAAUGGCUGGCAGCAACAGAUAUGGAAUUGACAAAGAGAUCAGCAGUUGAAGGAAUGCCAAGUAAUUUGGAUGCUGAGAUUGCCUGGGGAAAGGCUACUCAGAAAGAGAUUGAAAAGCAGAAGGCUCACUUGAAGAGUGUCACAGAACUAGGCGAGGCUUUGAAAACGGUGUUGGGCAAGAAGGAAACUUUGGUGGAAGACAAACUGAGUCUUCUGAAUAGUAACUGGAUAGCUGUCACCUCCAGAGCAGAAGAAUGGCUAAAUCUUUUGUUGGAAUACCAGAAACACAUGGAAACCUUUGAUCAGAAUGUACAACACAUCACAAAGUGGAUCAUUCACACAGAUGAACUUUUGGAUGAAUCUGAAAAAAAGAAGCCACAACAAAAGGAAGACAUUCUUAAGCGUUUAAAGGCCGAAAUGAACGACAUCCGUCCAAAGGUGGACUCCACACGUGACCAGGCAGCAAACUUGAUGGCAAACAGAGGUGACCACUGUAGGAAAAUAGUAGAGCCUCAAAUCUCCGAGCUCAACCGUCGAUUUGCAGCCAUUUCUCACAGAAUUAAGACUGGAAAGGCCUCCAUUCCUUUGAAGGAAUUGGAGCAGUUUAACUCAGAUAUACAAAAAUUGCUUGAACCACUGGAGGCUGAAAUUCAGCAGGGGGUGAAUCUGAAAGAGGAAGACUUCAAUAAAGAUAUGAGUGAAGACAAUGAGGGUACUGUAAAUGAAUUGUUGCAAAGAGGAGACAACUUACAACAAAGAAUCAGUGAUGAGAGAAAGCGAGAGGAAAUAAAGAUAAAACAGCAGCUGUUACAAGAAAAACAUAAUGCUCUCAAGGAUUUGAGGUCUCAAAGAAGAAAAAAGGCCCUAGAAAUUUCUCACCAAUGGUAUCAGUACAAGAGGCAGGCUGAUGAUCUCCUGAAAUGCUUGGAUGACAUUGAAAAAAAAUUAGCCAGCCUACCUGAACCCAGAGAUGAAAGGAAAAUAAAGGAAAUUGAUCGUGAAUUGCAGAAGAAGAAAGAGGAGCUGAAUGCAGUGCACAGGCAAGCUGAGGCCUUGUCUGAGAAUGGGGCCGCAAUGGCAGUGGAGCCAACUCAAAUCGAGCUCAGCAAGCGUUGGCGGGAAAUUGAGAGCAAUUUUGCUCAGUUUCGAAGACUCAACUUUGCACAAAUUCACACUCUCCGUGAAGAAACGAUGGUAGUGAUGACUGAAGAUAUGCCUUUGGAUGUUUCUUACGUGCCUUCUACUUAUUUGACCGAGAUCAGUCAUAUCUCACAAGCUCUAUCAGAAGUGGAACAACUUCUAAAUGCUCCUGAACUCUGUGCUAAAGAUUUUGAAGAUCUCUUUAAGCAAGAGGAGUCUCUUAAGAAUAUAAAAGACAAUCUGAAACAAAUCUCAGGUCGGAUUGAUGUUAUUCACAAGAAGAAGACAGCAGCCUUGCAAAGUGCCACCUCUGUGGAAAGGGUGAAGCUACAGGAAGCAGUGUCACAGCUGGAUUUCCAGUGGGAAAAAGUUAAUAGAAUGUACAAGGAACGGCAAGGGCGAUUUGAUCGAUCAGUUGAAAAAUGGAGACACUUUCAUUAUGAUAUGAAGGUAUUUAAUCAAUGGUUGAAUGAAGUUGAACAGUUUUUCAGAAAGACACAAAAUCCUGAAAAUUGGGAACAUGCGAAAUACAAAUGGUAUCUUAAGGAACUUCAGGAUGGCAUUGGACAGAGGCAACCUGUUGUCAAAACACUGAAUGCAACUGGGGAAGAAAUAAUUCAACAGUCUUCAAAAACAGAUGCCAAUAUUCUACAGGAAAAAUUAGAAAGUUUGAGUCUGCGGUGGCACGAGAUCUGCAAACAGCUGGCUGAGAGGAAAAAGAGGAGUGAAGAACAAAAGAAUGUCUUGUCAGAAUUUCAAAGAGAUUUAAAUGAAUUUGUUUUGUGGUUGGAAGAAGCAGAUAACAUCACUAAUACUCCACUUGGAAAUGAACAGCAACUAAAAGAAAAACUUGAACAAGUGAAGUUACUGGCAGAAGAGUUGCCCCUGCGCCAAGGAAUUCUAAAACAAUUAAAUGAAACAGGAAAAGCCGUACUUUUAAGUGCUCCCAUAAGACCAGAGGAGCAAGAUAAACUUGAAAAUAAGCUCAAGCAGACAAAUCUCCAGUGGAUAAAGGUCUCCAGAGCAUUGCCUGAAAAACAAGGAGAACUUGAGGUUCACAUAAAAGAUUUCGGGCAACUUGAAGAGCAGCUGGAUCACCUGCUUCUGUGGCUUUCUCCUAUUAGGAAUCAAUUGGAAAUUUAUAGCCAACCAAGUCAAACAGGACUAUUUGACCUGAAGGAAACUGAAGUAACAGUUCAAGCUAAACAACCGGAUGUGGAAAGGCUUUUGUCUAAAGGGCAGCAUUUGUAUAAGGAAAAACCAAGCACUCAGCCAGUGAAGAGAAAGUUAGAAGAUCUGAGGUCUGAGUGGGAGACUGUAAACCAUUUACUUCAGGAGCUGAGGACAAAGCAGCCUGUUCGUGUCCCUGGACUGACCACUAUUGGAGCCUCUGCUAGUCAGACUGUUACUCUAGUGACACCGCCUGUGGUUACCAAGGAAACUGCCGCCUCCAAACCAGAAAUGCCAUCUUCUUUGCUGUUGGAGGUACCUGCUCUGGCAGAUUUCAACCGAGCUUGGACAGAACUUACAGACUGGCUUUCUCUGCUUGAUCGAGUUAUAAAAUCACAGAGAGUGAUGGUGGGUGAUCUGGAAGACAUCAAUGAGAUGAUUAUCAAACAGAAGGCAACACUACAAGAUUUGGAACAGAGACGUCCCCAGUUGGAAGAACUCAUUACUGCUGCCCAGAAUUUGAAAAACAAAACCAGCAAUCAGGAAGCUAGAACAGUUAUUACUGAUCGAAUUGAAAAAAUUCAGAAUCAGUGGGAUGAGGUACAGGAACACCUUCAGAACCGGAGACAGCAGUUGAAUGAAAUGUUAAAGGAUUCAACGCAGUGGCUAGAAAUGAAGGAAAAAGCUGAACAGGUCAUGGGACAAGCCAGAACCAAGCUUGACUCAUGGAAAGAGGGUCCUCACACGAUGGAUGAAAUCCAAAAGAAGAUCACAGAAACCAAGCAGUUGGCCAAAGACCUCCACCAAUGGCAGCUAAAUGUAGAUGUGGCAAAUGAUUUGGCACUGAAACUUCUUCGGGACUAUUCUGCAGAUGAUACCAGAAAAGUUCACAUGAUAACAGAGAAUAUCAAUGCUUCUUGGGGAAACAUUCAUAAAAGAGUGAACGAGCGAGAGGCUGCUUUGGAAGAAACUCAUAGGUUACUGCAACAGUUCCCUCUAGACCUGGAGAAGUUUCUUUCCUGGAUUACAGAAGCUGAAACAACUGCAAAUGUUCUCCAGGAUGCUUCACGAAAGGAGAAACUUCUAGAAGACUCCAAGGGAGUCAGAGAACUGAUGAAACAGUGGCAAGAUCUCCAAGGUGAAAUUGAAGCUCACACGGACAUCUAUCACAAUCUCGAUGAAAAUGGCCAAAAAAUCUUGAGAUCCCUGGAAAGUUCAGAUGAAGCAGCCCUGUUACAAAGACGUUUGGAUAACAUGAAUUUCAAGUGGAGUGAGCUUCGGAAAAAGUCUCUCAACAUUAGGUCCCAUUUGGAAGCCAGUUCUGACCAGUGGAAGCGUCUGCAUCUUUCUCUUCAGGAACUUCUUGUGUGGCUACAGCUGAAAGGUGAUGAGUUGAGCCGGCAGGCACCUAUCGGCGGUGAUUUUCCAGCAGUUCAGAAGCAGAAUGACGUGCACAGGACCUUCAAGAGGGAAUUGAAAACUAAAGAAGCUGUAAUCAUGAGUACCCUGGAGACGGUGAGAAUAUUUCUGACAGAGCAGCCUUUGGAAGGACUGGAGAAGCUCUACCAGGAGCCCAGAGAGCUGCCUCCUGAAGAAAGAGCCCAGAAUGUCCCUCGGCUCCUACGAAAACAGGCUGAAGAGGUUAACACUGAAUGGGACAAACUGAAUCUGCACUCAGCUGAUUGGCAGAGAAAAAUAGAUGAGGCACUUGCAAGAUUGCAGGAACUUCAGGAAGCUGCGGAUGAUCUGGACCUCAAGUUGCAUCAAGCUGAGGUGAUCAAGGGAUCCUGGCAGCCAGUGGGGGAUCUCCUCAUUGACUCUCUCCAAGAUCACCUUGAAAAAGUCAAGGUACUUCGGGGAGAAAUUGCACCUCUUAAAGAGAAUGUUAAUCGAGUCAAUGACCUUGCUCGACAGCUUACUACAUUGGGCAUUCAGCUUUCACCUUAUAACCUCAGCACACUAGAAGAUCUGAAUACCAGAUGGAAACUUCUGCAGGUGGCUGUGGAGGAUCGUGUCAGGCAGCUGCAUGAAGCCCACAGGGACUUUGGACCAGCAUCCCAGCACUUCCUUUCUACUUCAGUCCAGGGUCCCUGGGAGAGAGCCAUCUCACCAAACAAAGUGCCCUACUAUAUCAACCACGAGACCCAAACAACUUGUUGGGACCAUCCCAAAAUGACAGAGCUCUACCAGUCUUUAGCUGACCUGAAUAACGUCAGGUUCUCCGCUUAUAGGACUGCCAUGAAGCUGCGAAGACUGCAGAAGGCCCUUUGCCUGGAUCUCUUGAGCCUAUCAGCUGCAUGUGAUGCCUUGGACCAGCACAACCUCAAGGCAAAUGACCAACCCAUGGAUAUUCUGCAGAUCAUUAACUGUCUGACUACUAUUUAUGAUCGUUUGGAGCAAGAGCACAACAACUUGGUCAACGUCCCUCUCUGUGUGGAUAUGUGUCUCAACUGGCUUCUCAAUGUUUAUGAUACGGGACGAACAGGGAGGAUCCGUGUCCUGUCUUUUAAAACUGGCAUCAUUUCUCUGUGUAAAGCACACUUGGAAGACAAGUACAGAUACCUUUUCAAGCAAGUGGCAAGUUCAACUGGAUUUUGUGACCAGCGUAGGCUGGGUCUUCUUCUGCAUGAUUCUAUUCAAAUCCCAAGACAGUUGGGUGAAGUUGCCUCCUUUGGGGGCAGUAACAUUGAGCCAAGCGUCAGGAGCUGCUUCCAAUUUGCCAAUAAUAAACCUGAGAUUGAAGCGGCCCUCUUCCUCGACUGGAUGCGCCUGGAACCCCAGUCUAUGGUGUGGCUUCCCGUUUUGCACAGAGUGGCUGCUGCAGAAACUGCCAAGCACCAGGCCAAGUGUAACAUCUGCAAGGAGUGUCCAAUCAUUGGAUUCAGGUACAGAAGUCUAAAGCACUUUAAUUAUGACAUCUGCCAAAGCUGCUUCUUUUCUGGUCGAGUGGCAAAGGGCCAUAAAAUGCACUACCCCAUGGUAGAAUAUUGCACCCCGACUACAUCUGGAGAAGAUGUCCGUGACUUCGCCAAGGUACUCAAAAACAAAUUUCGAACCAAAAGGUAUUUUGCGAAGCAUCCCCGAAUGGGCUACCUGCCAGUGCAGACUGUCUUAGAGGGGGACAACAUGGAAACUCCCGUUACUCUGAUCAACUUCUGGCCAGUAGAUUCUGUGCCUGCCUCGUCCCCCCAGCUUUCACACGAUGAUACUCAUUCACGCAUUGAACAUUAUGCUAGCAGGCUAGCAGAAAUGGAAAACAGCAAUGGAUCUUAUCUAAAUGAUAGCAUCUCUCCUAAUGAGAGCAUAGAUGAUGAACAUUUGUUAAUCCAGCAUUACUGCCAAAGUUUGAACCAGGACUCCCCCCUGAGCCAGCCUCGUAGUCCUGCCCAGAUCUUGAUUUCCUUAGAGAGUGAGGAAAGAGGGGAGCUAGAGAGAAUCCUAGCAGAUCUUGAGGAAGAAAACAGGAAUCUGCAAGCAGAAUAUGAUCGUCUGAAGCAGCAGCAUGAGCAUAAAGGCCUGUCCCCACUGCCAUCUCCUCCUGAGAUGAUGCCCACCUCUCCCCAGAGUCCCAGGGAUGCUGAGCUCAUUGCUGAGGCCAAGCUACUGCGUCAACACAAGGGACGCCUGGAAGCCAGGAUGCAAAUCCUGGAAGACCACAAUAAGCAGCUGGAGUCUCAGUUACAUAGACUGAGACAGCUCCUGGAGCAACCCCAGGCUGAGGCCAAGGUGAAUGGCACCACGGUGUCCUCUCCUUCUACGUCUCUGCAGAGGUCAGACAGCAGUCAGCCUAUGCUGCUCCGCGUGGUUGGCAGUCAAACUUCAGAGUCUAUGGGUGAGGAAGAUCUUCUGAGUCCUCCCCAGGAUACAAGCACAGGAUUAGAAGAGGUCAUGGAGCAACUCAACAACUCCUUCCCUAGUUCAAGAGGAAGAAAUGCCCCUGGAAAGCCAAUGAGAGAGGACACAAUGUAGGAAGCCUUUUCCACAUGGCAGAUGAUUUGGGCAAAGCGAUGGAGUCCUUAGUUUCAGUCAUGACAGAUGAAGAAGGAGCAGAAUAAAUGUUUUACAACUCCUGAUUCCCGCAUGGUUUUUAUAAUAUUCGUACAACAAAGAGGAUUAGACAGUAAGAGUUUACAAGAAAUAAAAUCUAUAUUUUUGUGAAGGGUAGUGGUACUAUACUGUAGAUUUCAGUAGUUUCUAAGUCUGUUAUUGUUUUGUUAACAAUGGCAGGUUUUACACGUCUAUGCAAUUGUACAAAAAAAGUUAAAAGAAAACUACAUGUAAAAUCUUGAUAGCUAAACAACUUGCCAUUUCUUUAUAUGGAACGCAUUUUGGGUUGUUUAAAAAUUUAUAACAGUUAUAAAGAAAGAUUGUAAACUAAAGUGUGCUUUAUAAAAAAAAAAGUUGUUUAUAAAACCCCUAUACACACACACACACACAUGCACGCGCGUGCGCGCGCGCGCGCGCACACACACACACACACACACACACACACACAUACUGAGGCAGCACAUUGUUUUGCAUUAUUUUAGCGUGGUAUUCAUAUGGAAUUCAUGACUUCUUUUCUUUUCUUGCAUAUUAAAGAUAGGACUUCCUCUAACACCACCAAAUGACUGCUUCACAUUGCUCUUUUGAGAAUUGUUGACUGAGUGGAGCUGGCUAUGGGCUUUAACUUUAUACAUCUAUAUGUCUACAAGUAUAUAAAUACUAUAGGUGUAUAGAUAAAUAGAUAUGAAAUUCUUCUUCAAAUGUUCUUGCCACUUUCUAAUGGAAAUAAAUUGCUUCUAGUCAUCUGGACUUAUCUGCUUGGGCAAGAGUGAAUUAUCCCUGGAGCCUGAGGCCAGGAGAAUAAUACCAUACUAAAAUAUUGUCUAGGGCUCCAGAUGUUUCUAGUUUUAAACUUUCCACUGACAACUAGAACUUGGAAUUUUUUUAAGGAUCAUGUGAAUGAAUACACAGGACUUACUAUAUCAAAGUAAUCUGUUGGUUGAUAUAUUCAGCUUCCUGCGGCUGGCUAUGCCAUGGUUUAGAUUUAAUGAUGUUUCUGCAAAAGAGCAUCAGAAGGCAUUUUUCACUCCUGGGCAAAAGAGGAAGAUGGUAGGGGCUGAGGGCUGUGACUCCCCAGUCAGUCCCUGUGAGGGGAGCAGCUACUCUGUAAAAGAGUGGGUGAAUAUUCACAACUAUACAUACAAACAUCUCUAUAAUCACAACUAAAAUGUUCUGCCCUCUUCUUACACUCGAAGUAAAGUGGGCAGAUUUGUUGUUGUUGUUGCUGUUGUUGCUGUUGAUUUUUAGAUUUUAGAUUUGGUUUUUUCAUUGUGAUGAGUUUGUUUUAAUGCUGCAAGAUUUAAGAUUAUUGGUAAGAAAGUAACCCGAUCACUUUGUGACCCUGGUGAAUAUCAAUCCAGAAGCCCAUGAACUGCAUUUGUCUGCUUUGCAUUCGUUUUCCGGCAAGUAAUUCCAUACAGGAUUGUGAGUGGGAAGGCACAACAAUUGGAAGGUUUCAAGACCAAAAGAAAAGCCUCUCCAAACCCUUUGGUCAAUUUGACAGGCUAAAUUAUAAACAAAUGCAGAUCAUUGCAAAAGAGGAGAAAAGGUGAAGGUGAAAGCUGAGGAUUGGUAGGAAAAGCUUUACUUACUCUUUCAUGUCACUGUGUUACAGUAUCACUUCAAAAUCAUUCUGUUUCGUAGAAAUCACUGUCCUAUUAUUUUGAAAAUCUGUUACCUCUAACAUCCAGUGUAAUUAACUUUUAGAGAGUGGAUUUUGUCCAUUAUUACUUGUAAUUAUAACAUCAAACACAGCUUCUCAUGCUAUUUCUACCUCACUUUGGUUUUGGGGUGUUCCUGGUAAUUGUGCACACCUGAUUUCACAGCUUCACCACUUGUCUGUUUUGUGGAUACCAGUCUCCUUUUUUCUUUUAUAAUUUCCAAAAGAAAACCCAAAGCUCUAAGGUUAAAAAAAUUGAGAUUUGGUUUUAGUCUUGCAUUAUUUUUCUCUUUUAUGUGAUGCUGGACAUUUUCUUUACCCAAGGGUUUGUUUUAACUAAAAUUUCAAACAAAGGGUUACUUUACAUCCUACUAAGAAGUUUUAAGUUUCAUUCUAAAAUCAGAGGUAGAUAGAGUGCAUAAUUUUGUUUUAAUCUUUUUGUUUUAUCUUUUAGAUAUUAGUUCUAGAGUGAAUCUGUCAAAAUAUUUGAAUAAAAACUGAGAGCUUUAUUGCAGAGUUUAAGCAUAAUUUGGACAUCAUUUCAUGUUCUUUAUAACCACCAAGUAUUAAACUGUAAAUCAUAAUCAAUGUAACUGAAGCAUAAACAUCACAUGGCAUGUAUCAUCAUUGUUUCCAGGUACUGGAUUCUUACUUGAGUAUCAUAAUAUAUUGUGUUUUAACACCAACACUGUAACAUUUACUAAUUAUUUUUUUAAACUUCAGUUUUACUUCAUUUUCACAACAUAUCAGACUUCACCAAAUAUAUGCCUUACUAUUGUAUUAUAUUACUGCUUUACUGUGUAUCUCAAUAAAGCACGCAGUUAUGUUACAAAAAA